ACAACAACAAUUGUGCUAUUUGUUGAAUUGAAAGGAAAGAAGCUAAGGUAAGGAAGAAAAUAUGGCGGGAGUGCAAAUAAGAGACGAACAUGGAAACCCAAUUCAACUAACUGAUGAAUUGGGUAACCCAGUUAAGUUAACUGACGAACAUGGAAACCCGAUCCAUCUCACCGGUGUAGCAACCACUACCACAACUCAUAAUAAUCCUCCAACUGCAGCAGGUUCAGGUUCAGCUGGUUUUGGCACCUAUGGUAGCGUUGCUUACGGUGGCGGUGCAACCACACACCCAACAACAACAGUGGCAGAUCUUUUGUCCACCGAACCACCACCCGGACAGCAGCUCCAUCACACUGACCAGGUUUCAAGAGGACUUCGUCGCUCCUCCAGUUCAAGUUCAAGCUCUAGCUCUUCGGAGGAUGAUGGACAAGGUGGGAGGAGGAAGAAGAAGAAGGGAGUGAAGGAUAAGAUAAAGGAGAAGAUUCCAGGUGUAGGAGGAGGCAACAAGGAGCAUAAUAGUGCAACCAGUAUUCCAGGUGCAGGUCACCACCCUACGGCAACUGCAACCCAUCACCCAGCUGAGCCAACUCUUGAGAAGAAGGGUAUACUUGAUAAGAUCAAAGAAAAAUUGCCUGGCCACCAUCACAGCCACUGAACAACCUAUAUAUCCUACUAUAUAUAUAUAUAUAUCUAUAUAUGUCGUUUAAUUUGUGUCUAUGAUAAUUACUACUCUUAUGCAUUGUACUAAUGAUUAAUUAAUAACUAGUUGGCAUUACACUUUAUGUUAUGUAAAAACUGUGACUUCACCAUCU